GCGAUAAUUUUCCAGGCUAUCGUAAGCAUGAAGUCGCCUUUUGUCAUGCCAUAGUGCUUUAGUCAUUGUCCAAGUUCUCAUACAUAUAAUGUAGCACAUACAAUCGUCACUGCAUUGAGAUUUACUGCCUCUAGCUUUGCAAGCUAUAGUAUCAACAUUACCUGCCUUCAGGACUUGCCGACCACUGUCACUAUGUCAUCGCUCGCUACAUCACUCGGCCUCCGAGCCGCAAGCGCUGCAUCACCAGCUUCCAAUUGGGGGCCAGCGCUCUUGAGUUGGCAAUUCUUAUUCGCAUACGGCCUCAUGUCUUCGCGGACGCUGAAGCAAUGGUACGGCCUUGAUCACAACUCUUCGCCGAGACAGGACUUAGCCAAAUACGGCGACUCGGCGGUCCGCUCCGGAAAAAUCACCCAAAAGCAGUUGGACAUGCUCAGGCGUAACGAAGCAGCGCAUGCAAAUUCAGUUGAAAACUAUACCCUGUUCGCCGUCGCCAUGGGAUUCGCCACUUUCGCAGGAGUCGAAACCCACUUGAUCAACCGUGCGGGGUUGCUGUAUGUCAGCAUACGUAUCUUGUACGGAGCUGUCUAUAUCUUCAUCGAUCACGAUCUGUACAGUCAAGUCAGAGGCAUUACCUGGUGGACGGGUAACAUCAGCUGUCUCUGGUUACUCUAUAGGGCUGGAGCAAAGCUGAACGGAGCAUAGUGGACUAGCUACAGAUAUAUCAGACCAAUAUGCUGAGGGGCAAUCCAGAUCAUACAACAAUAGCCGGAACUCAGUAGCCGAGCAAGCAUUACCCUGCGGUGUCAUUGGUGCUAGAGAUUUUAGAUAUAAGACAGCUCUUUUCAAGCGCCACAAUGUUAAACGAUAGCAGGUUGGUGCAACUUAAUACUAC